CAUUGCAGGGUGAGAGCUCUGAGUUCCGGUGUAAGAGAAAAGAGACGUGGCGAAAUUGCUGUAUAUCUCUGCCCUAUAAGCACAUCUCUCAUUUAGACUGAAGGGAAACAAGGCAUCAAAAAGGCUGUGCAAACCAUGCAGGAUGAUUUACUGAUGGACAAAAGCAAAGCCCAGCCCCAGCAGCAGCGGCAGCAGCAGCAGCAAGAUCCAAACUCAGCAGAAGCCCCCUCUACGCCCAUCUCGUCAGAGACGCCCAAGCCAGAAGACAGCAGCUCAGUGACUAGUAUCGGCACAUCGGCUCCUUCCCAAAAUAGCAAGGAGAAGAUGCAGAUGGAGUCUCCCAUUUUGCCUGGCUUGAGCUUUCACCAGCCUCAACAAGAACCUGCAGCCGGCACCUCCUUGUCUCCCUCCUUCGGCAGCACCUGGUCGACGGGGACCACAAACACGGUGGAUGAUAGCUUUUUCCAGGGGAUUACUCCGGUCAAUGGAACAAUGCUUUUCCAGAAUUUUCCACACCAUGUCAACCCUGUAUUUGGUGGCACUUUCUCUCCUCAAAUUGGCCUAGCUCAGACUCAACACCAUCAACAUCAGCAGCAGCAGCAGCAAGCUCAGCAGCAGCAGCAGCAGCGGAGGUCUCCUGUGAGCCCUAAUCAGGUGCCUUUUGCCCAGAGAAAUGCUGCUUACAGCCAUCAGCCCAUCAUGACCAGCAAACCGUCUUCCUCUUCUGCAUCCUCUUCUUCUUCCUCCAGCUGGAAUAACCAUCAAAAUGCAGCUUGGAGUACACCUUCCAACCCUUGGGGUGGGCUGCAGGCUGGUAGGGACCCUCGAAGGGCAGUUGGAGUGGGGGUUGGCGUGGGAGUGGGGGUCGGUGUACCCUCCCCCCUCAAUCCCAUUUCACCCCUUAAAAAACCAUUCUCCAGCAAUGUCAUUGCCCCUCCGAAGUUCCCACGGGCUGCACCCUUAACCCCCAAAUCCUGGAUGGAAGACAACGCGUUCAGGACAGACAAUGGCAACAAUCUGUUGCCUUUUCAGGACCGGAAUAGGCCCUAUGACACUUUUAACUUGCACUCUUUGGAAAAUUCCUUAAUGGAUAUGAUAAGGACUGAUCAUGAGCCUCUGAAAGGUAAACACUACCCUCCCAGUGGCCCACCAAUGAGUUUCGCUGAUAUAAUGUGGAGGAAUCAUUUUACAGGGCGUAUGGGAAUAAACUUCCAUCAUCCAGGAACGGAUAAUAUUAUGGCCCUUAACAGUCGGUCUUCACUCUUUCCUUUUGAAGAUGGCUUCCUAGACGACAGCCACGGUGAUCAGUCUUUAUCAUCGGGUCUCAGCUCUCCAACACGCUGUCAGAAUGGUGAAAGAGUGGAACGCUAUUCUAGAAAGGUGUUUGUUGGAGGUCUUCCUCCUGACAUUGAUGAAGAUGAGAUCACUGCCAGCUUUCGUAGAUUUGGACCUCUUGUGGUGGACUGGCCUCACAAAGCUGAAAGCAAGUCAUAUUUUCCACCUAAAGGUUAUGCCUUCCUGCUGUUCCAGGAAGAAAGCUCUGUACAAGCUCUGAUAGAUGCCUGUCUGGAAGAAGAUGGGAAACUUUACCUGUGUGUAUCAAGUCCCACCAUCAAGGAUAAACCAGUGCAAAUUCGCCCUUGGAACCUAAGUGACAGUGACUUUGUGAUGGAUGGGUCUCAGCCUUUGGACCCAAGAAAGACUAUUUUUGUUGGAGGAGUUCCACGGCCCCUCCGAGCUGUUGAAUUGGCAAUGAUUAUGGACCGUUUAUACGGAGGUGUCUGCUAUGCUGGCAUUGAUACAGACCCAGAGUUGAAAUACCCAAAAGGUGCUGGCAGAGUGGCUUUCUCUAAUCAGCAGAGCUACAUUGCUGCUAUCAGUGCUCGCUUUGUCCAGCUCCAACACAAUGACAUUGAUAAACGGGUGGAAGUGAAGCCAUAUGUGCUGGAUGAUCAGAUGUGUGAUGAAUGCCAAGGCACUCGGUGUGGUGGAAAAUUUGCUCCGUUCUUUUGUGCCAAUGUUACCUGUUUGCAGUAUUACUGUGAAUACUGCUGGGCAAGCAUACACUCUCGUGCUGGGCGAGAAUUCCACAAACCACUGGUAAAGGAGGGAGGUGACCGACCCCGCCACGUGCCGUUCCGCUGGAGCUGAACCCCAGGCCUCCCCCAGCAACAAGUACUGGAGUAGAUAAAAUCGAGGGAAAAAGAGAGCGCUGCCUCAGGGCUUAGUGUUCUGGAAAUUUGUGCAUUCGUCCUCGACUUUAAUGAAGAUAUGGGUCUUUUUAUUACUAUUAUUAUUAUUUACAGUCACAUUACUGAACUCAGUGUCCAGUAUGAUACAAACCGGCAGAGUGUAACUGUACUGAUUUUGCACUUUGAUUCACACAAACAUCUGCUUGGUACCUUAAUUUCCUACACAAGACUUGUCACUAGUGACAUUAUGUAGACUGCCAUUCUCAUCAGCCUUCACUGGGUUGAUGUGUAUGUGAUGAAGAUUUUUUUAUUAUAAUUAUAGUUAUUUUUAUUUUUAAACUGGAGCAUGCACUUAUUUUCAGAAAUUUAGACUUGCCCCUAGCAGAUGACUUACCAAAGGUAAUAUUCACAAGUAGGUGGCAGAUGUAGCAAAAACUUAUCAGAUAUUCAGCAAUUGUUAGUUUGGGUCAUUUAGCGUAGUAAUAACCCUUAAAGAAAAUAAGCCUUUAGUUGCUCUCCAUUUUUGACUUGUAAGGAUGAUACCUCAUAAGCUGGAUCAGACUUUUUUUUUUCUUUUGUUUUGCUAAGGGUUUUUCUUUUUUUUUUUUUUCUUUUCUUUUUUUUUUUUUUUUGUUAGGUCUUUUAGUGUUAUGUAAAUGUAUGCUGCAAUAGCUUUUGCUGCUAUUAAAAUGGUAUUACUAAUACCAGAAUACUCUAUUCAGGCUAGGGUAUCAAUUAAAAAAUGAAUAUGUGAUUAAAAUAGUGAUGGCUGCUGAAAGGAGAUCAGUAUAGCAUACAGAAAAGCUUCCAAGGAAGGUCAAUAUUUUUUGACUGCAUGUUUACUUAAUCAGGUUGCUGCAUGCAAUAAAUUUUAUAUAUGUCUAAUAUAAAACCUGCCCACAAUGCACAAAUUACGAGUCUACUUAGGUGACAAAAUAUUGAGUAACAAAGAAAAAAAAACUGAUUACUGACUGGAGGAAGGCAUGCCUCAGUAAAUGUAAUGCUUCUGAAAUUAGGAUCAGCCCAUUACAGAAUGACCUAUACUACAACAGAUAUAAAAACUAGCUGUAGGAUAUUCAUAAAACAAAUUUGUGGAUGGUAGAUGAAGUACUUUGCGGUGCUCUGUUAUAUAUCGUGCAAUUUAUUUUAUAUAGUAAGGUGAUUAUGUCUAGUACUGUGAUCAAACUUAACUGUUAAAGCCUCUGUAUCCGACAUUAACACACUCUUGACAGUUCAUAACAGGUACAUAAACAGAAAUGAGCUCUUACUUACAAUCUCUCUCCUAACGCUUGCACCAGUUACGUAGUUGCAGACUUUGUCCAGAGAACCAAAGAGCUCAUACUAGCAUACAUACACUACCAACUAGAUAGUCUGUCAACCUAAUGAACUAGGCACAUUUAAGAAAGUUAGAAAAAGAAGUGGUGCUAAAGAAAUGUCUGCAUAUAAAAGUAACAUGAGAUGUCUGCUCUGUGGAUGUGGCGUUAUCUCUCUAAUCCCUGGAUGUAUCCUGUGAAGCUUGAACACAAUUAAGACCUGCUAACACAGUGGACAUUUUUUUAGCAUGAACUAUGGGGCUGCAGAUAGCAUAUAAAUAUAAACACACUUGGUAUACUAACGAUUGUGAGAAUGUGUACACUAUUUUUUUUCUUUUUUUUUUUUCCUUUGUUUUUGCAGUUCUGGGGACAAUCUGACUGGAUAUGACACCGCAUAGUAGAUGUAAAUGUUCUAGGUUUUGUUUGUCGUGAUGUCCUCGUUUGUGUCUAAUUUAGUAAGCUGUUUUUCCCAGUGUUUAGUUGCGAGUAUUGGCUUUGAAAGGAACUUUUCUGUUUUUGAAGAAAAAAAAAGAAAAAAUAGUUUUUUACUGGUUUAAAAUGCUAAUUAUAAUUAUCCCUUUUGAGGUUACUUCUGGGCAUUUUUGUGAUAUUGCUUUUCCCAGCCCAGGUGUCUUUUCUGUUUUUUCAUCUGUACAAGACAUUUUGUUAUGCACUACUUUUUGUAUCUAGACAGUUUUCAACAGUCGGCUGAUGAUUUUUUUUAAAGAAAAAGGCAUGCUUUCUGACUGACAUGAUCUUUUGCAAUACCUCAAUUUUGAAAUAUAGGAAAGAAAAUGAUAUUUUCUAAGUAAGUUUAUUCAGAAAAAUAUAUAUUAAUUUAAUUCUGCAAGAAAAA